CACGCUCCCGGAAGUGGGAGGUGUUCGCUCGAGUUUGUGUGGCCGCCGCCGCGGGAACGCGAGCCCGGUAAUUUUUCAGCGGAGAAAGGCGAGGCUUUCGGGCUUGGCCGAGUGAGAGUGAGUGAGUGGCGCGCUCUAGCAGCUCUUUUCUUCCGUGACACCCGUCAUGGAGGAUGAGCAGAGCCACCAGCCCGGCGGCGAGGCCGUGGCUCCCGCGCGGCACCGGUCGCCGGGGUCGGAGUGCGGGGAGGAGCCGCAGCAUCAGAAUCCUGAGAAAAAGCAGCGAUGUAGACUUGAUGGACAAGAAACAAAAGGAUCUAAGUUCAUUACCUCCAAUGCAAGUGAUUUCAGUGACCCAGUCUACAAAGAGAUUGCUAUUACGAAUGGUUGCAUUAAUAGAAUGAGUAAGGAAGAGCUCAGAGCUAAACUUUCAGAGUUCAAGCUUGAAACCAGAGGUGUAAAGGAUGUACUAAAGAAGAGACUGAAAAACUAUUACAAGAAGCAGAAGCUGAUGUUGAAAGAGGACAAUUGUGUUGACAGUUACUAUGACUACAUUUGUAUUAUUGACUUCGAAGCCACUUGUGAAGAGGGUAACCCGCCUGAGUUCAUACAUGAAAUAAUUGAAUUUCCUAUUGUUUUACUGAACACUCAUACCUUAGAAAUAGAAGAUACAUUUCAGCAGUAUGUAAGACCAGAGAUCAACACACAGCUUUCUGACUUCUGCAUCAAUCUAACUGGAAUUACUCAGGAUCAGGUAGACAAGGCUGAUACCUUCCCUCAGGUACUGAAAAAAGUCAUUGACUGGAUGAAAUUGAAGGAAUUAGGAACAAAGUAUAAAUAUUCCAUAUUAACAGAUGGUUCAUGGGAUAUGAGUAAGUUUCUGAACAUUCAGUGCCGGCUAAGCAGGCUCAAAUACCCACCUUUUGCCAAAAAGUGGAUCAAUAUUCGAAAGUCAUAUGGAAACUUUUACAAGGUUCCUAGAAGCCAAACCAAAUUGACAAUAAUGCUUGAAAAACUAGGAAUGGAUUAUGAUGGGCGACCUCACAGUGGUCUUGAUGACUCUAAGAACAUUGCCCGAAUAGCAGUUCGAAUGCUUCAGGAUGGAUGUGAACUCCGGGUUAAUGAGAAAAUCCAUGCAGGACAGCUAAUGAGUGUGUCCUCUUCACUACCAAUAGAGGGCACUCCAGCUCCACAAAUGCCACAUUCUAGAAAAUAACAGCAUUUUUGCCCUUUUGCCUGUGGAUCAUUCACUCUAACUGGAGUUGCUACAAAGUGGUAGCAGUUGAAUACUUAUUGAAUUAUUCCUUCAGUGCAACAUUUAAGCACUUUAAACAUUUAAAAUCUUGUUACAGUUAUAGGUAUGUAUGUGAACAGAUUCUAUGGGGAGGGCAUAUUGAAUUCUUUGUCACCAGCACUUUUGAUAUGAGCAGUAUUUGUUACACAGUAACAGUUCCUGCUUAGAACUGAAUUUUAUAAUUUAAGGUGUCCGGUGUAUUCCUGUUGGUUUUAAAAUGCAAAGGUUUCUUGGCUCUCCCCUCGAUGGUCAUCUUACUGAUGUUAAAAUAUAUAAUGUAUUUCUGCAUUAACAUCAUUAGAUCAGAUCAUUUGCUAAAAUGUAGAAAAGAUUAGAAAGGUGGGCCUUAUCUAGCCUUUGGGUUUUAAGAGUACCAUAGUCUUUUUGAUUUUUGAGUUUAUAUGUGAGGUUCAGCUGUGAGUGUGAAUUUCAUAAAGUACUUGGUACAUAUAUCUGCCUGUGUUUCUUUUCAGUUCAUGAUUGGAAGGCUUGUGAUGGAUUAUAGGGUCUGGUUAAAAAUUCAAUUACUGAUGAGAUUAAUGGAAAAUCAAAAGAAAAUACCAUUUAAAGGAGUAAAGGGCUACAGCUUGAACUUUAUAAUAUAUAGAUGAGUCAGUGGGAUUUUUUGGAUUUGGCUUUUUGGUUUCCCUCCCUCUUAAGACAUAUGUCUGUCCUAAUUCUUAAAUCUAAGAGACCAUACUUUGAAUUAGACUUAAAAUUAAGGGUCACCACUUAAUUUUGCCUUUUUAUUCAGCAUUAUAUGUGAGGUUAAUAAAGUCAAGUAAUUUUUCUACCAUAUCUUAACGUUUUUUAUUAUUAAAAACUGAUUUUACAUAGUAAAUGACCACUGAAUGUUGAAUAGUUAAUUCUUAACUUAAUUCUGAAAACAAAAAUGUGUUUACGGAAUUGAGAAAGGAAAACUCUUCUUGUCUAGAAGCUAAAAAUACAUAUUUUCAGAAUAGGAUUUCCUCCUGUAGCUUUCCUAGAACAAUUUCAUUGACAUUGUUUCUUUUCAUUUACUUUCUAAUAAUAAUUGUGAUACUACUUUAGUUUAAUGAUUUAUGCAAUAUAAUCAAAUUAAUUAUGUAGAGAUUUUCCAACCCUGAUGCAUAAGAGAAAACUAGGCAUUUUUCUUGGUAUGAGAAUUCUCCACACAAUGCUAUUGGUUUUUUACUUGAAAGAAUGGAUUUCUGCCUUUGAGCAGUAGUUGUAGAAUCAGCAUAAUAAAGAAUAACAAGUGGCUAACAGAAGGCACAUGGGUAUGUGAUGCCCUUAGACAAACUGAUAUGGAUUAUAGUAAAACAAGGAAAUCCAGGUUUUUUAAGUUUAUACUGUAAACUCUUGGGGUGAAAUGGAUAUAUGCGAAGAUUUUUGUGAAUCCCAAGUAGCACCAUACAUUAUACCAUAAAGUAUUACUGGACAUUUUAAAGCAUUUCCUUUAAAUCCUUACUAAGUUACUGUGCCAGGGCCAAAUAGUAGAGAACAGCAAAUCAUUACUGAGGUUUGGAUGCCAGGAGGUCUCACUCCUUAGGGAGAUUUUUCUGCAUAGCCACCUUACCACAGAAUUCAAGUUCAUGCCGCAGCAAACUUGUAUCUCACCACCUUCUAGAGUUGCUCACAAUAGCUAAAAGUUGCAGUUGGGAAAUCUGAGUAUGGCAAAGAAAUAUUACAUUGCCCUCCUCCUUUGUUUUGUUUGUUUUUAAGUCAAGCUGCUAAUUUUUUUGCCUGUUUUACUUUUUGCCAUGUAUCCAAGUUUUGUAUUUCUGUAAGACCUUCAACAUUAUAAGCUCUCAAUAUCCUUUUGGCUUAACCAAAUAUUUUAUCUGGUGAUGCUUUACUGUCCUAACUCAUUUUUUAAUACUUUGCUGAGGAAUAAUUGUCAAAUGUAAUUGUAUAUAUUUAAGUAUAAAUGCGAUGAUUUGAUACAUACUGUGGAAUGGUACCAUGAUCAAGAUAAUUAACACACAUAUCACUUCAUAUAGUUAGGGUUUUUUGGUGGUGGUAAGAAUGCUUGAGAUAUGCUCUCAGCAACUUUCAAGUCUGCAGCACCGUAUUAUUAACCGUAGUCACAAGGCUGUACAUUAGCUCCUCAGAAAUUAUUCUUUGUAUAACGAAAAUGUGUAUCCUUUGAUCUACAUCAUCCCAUUUCCACCAUCCCCAGCCCUUGACAACCACUGUUCUGUUUCUAUGAAAUUGGCUUUUUUGUUUGUUUUUUCUAGAUUCCGCAUAUAAGUGAUACCAUACAGUAUUUGUUUUCUCCAUCUGGCUUAUUUCACUUAAACCUCCAGGGUCAUCCACAUUGCCGCAAAUGGUAGGAUUUCCUUUUUUUAUUUGGCUGAAUAAUAUUCCUCUGUGUGUGUGUGUCUGUGUGUUUGCCCGGAAGUGUGCCAUUUCUGUUUGUUUCAGGGUAUUUUUUGAGUUCCCUUUUUACUUCUCCUUUGACCUAUUGAUUGCUCAGAAGUGUGUUGUGUAAUUUCCACAUAUAUGUGAGCUUCCCAGAUUUCCUCCUGUUACUGAUACUUAGUUUCAUACCAUUGUGGUCAGAAAAGACACUUGAUAUGAUUUCAGUGUUUUUAAAUUUAUUGAGACCUAUUUUAUUACUUAACACAUGCUCUCUCCUGAGAAUGUUCCUUGUGUGCUUGAGAAGAAUAUAUACAGGUAUACCUCAGAGAUACUGUGGGUUCGGUUCCAGAUCACUACAAUAAAGUGAAUAUCAUAACAAA